AUGCCCUCCCCACUGGUCACAAAGAUCCCCCCCAGCAACUCCGUCCCCAGAGACCACCACGGCCCACAGCAGAAGUCCUCCGCCAAUAUCCCCGGGGGCAUCAAGCCCAGAUACUUCAAGAACCCGUGGCCCUCAUACCGGACUGCAUCUCUCAAGGAUGCCUAUCAAGCUUACCAGAGAGGUGCCGCAAUCGCUCUCCACCCAUCACGGCUCAGGGGAGCCGCCAUGCUCGAAGGCGGACAAGACUCGGACGUCGAUGACAGCGAGUACGGGCUGGAACCAGCUUGGACCGAGUCCGAUUCCAUCAUGCCCAAAAAGAUAUAUGUCAGGCCCGAGUUCGCCCGGGUAGGAUCCGGAGAUGAGCGAGAGGACUGGAGAGAUCCCCCAGUCAAAGUGGUAGAGCCGACCUGGGGCGAUGGGUCUGAUGGACGAGAAAAGGUCACUUGGCUCGGUCAUGCGGGCGUUUUGAUUCAGAUACCGUGGAAGACGUCAGAGAACCCGGAUAAUAAGAGGAACGGCUCUUGUGGUAUACUAUUUGACCCAAUAUUCUCGUACCGAUGCUCUCCAACGCAAUACGCGGGGCCAGCGAGGUACAUUGAAUCUCCCUGUACAGUUUCCAUGCUGCCCGAGAUUCACGCCUGCUGUAUCUCCCACGACCACUAUGAUCACCUGGAUUACUACACAAUCAUGGAUCUUUGGAAGUACCACCAAUCCACUAUCCACUUCUUUGUGCCCAUGGGCCUGAAGCAGUGGUUCACUUCUUCCGGCAUUCCUGCUUUCCGCGUCACCGAACUCGACUGGUGGCAUGAAACUCCGCCAAACUUGCACACCCCGUCUGCUCUUGCGCUCAAAAUUGCCUUCACUCCUGCUCAGCAUCGCUCAGGGCGAGGUGUUCUGGAUCAUAUGACGACUCUCUGGGGAAGUUGGUGUGUUGGGGUGGUGGAAGACGCAGACAGAGAGUAUGCUCUGGAGCCUGGUAUGAAUGAUUGGAAGGGUUUCAAAGCCUAUUUCGGAGGGGACACUGGCUAUAGAUAUGCCACAGCGCCUGAAGAAGACGAUAGCGCAAUAUGUCCAGCGUUUCAACAUAUCGGUGAUCUCUACGGCCCCUUCACUUUCGCCAUGCUCCCUCUCUCGACUGGAUCGUCUCUUCCAUUCCUCCGCACUGUCCUCUCACUGUCUCUGGACCAGUACCUCCUCACAUCGUCGCUCCACUGUUCGCCCGCAGACUCACUAGAGAUUCACCGUGUCAUACAAAGUCAGCGGACUUUGGGAAUUCAUUGGGGUACAUUCUGCGAUGCCGACGAAGCGCGGGGCACAAGGGUGGAGUUUGGCAGGUCGAGGAGAGCGGUAGGGGUGAGCUGGGAUUGGGAGGCUGAGGAGGCUAGAAAUGGGCGAUUCGUCAUAGCUGACAUUGGCGAGACUCUCACAAUGCCUGCUCGAUGA